UGUUCACCUACUGAAGGCACAACGGCUUAGUUUUUUUAGUUGAAGUUGAUAAGACAGUCGAAGAGAAAUAUGUGAGAGCCAUCCCGGCAGGUACACUUGUAGCGGACUGAUAUUCUUCUUUCGUCAAGUUGCUGCAGUAAUAUUGGUAAGUACACCGUGUAAAGCAUACGAAAAUGGCAUUAUUGAUAGUGAAAAAUAUCAUUCCAUGAUAUCCUUGUCGUAAUUAAUCCUUCUUGUGUUUUAGCGACUUUUGUUUAUAUGUUUUUUGGCGAUGCCUUGCGUUGUAAUUAGCGAUCGAUUGCGAUACGGUUGAUCGAUUCGCCAGUACUCAUUCUUGCAUAGUGCUUUCAUAAACUUUCCUCCCAAAUCCGUGAACUUAGUUUUUCUCUCAUCAACUCGAUGUAUUACGUGAGUUUCAUUGAAAAAAUAAAUUUUAUCUACUGUUGAAUAAAUCGAUUUUCCAUGCUAAUGUAUGUCGCCAAAACGUCGUUCUUAAAUUUACAUACAUGUAGGUAAUAUUGCACAAAUGAAUGAAAUAUUACUGGUAUUGUUUUUAGUUUACGAGAUCCAUUGAAAGCUUCAUUAUCGCCUUUGAAAAUGGCCGAAAAAACAAAUAUUUCUGAGGACAGCUACGUGAGAUUUACAGGUACCAAUUUAAACUUGUAAUUUAAGUGUGAACUAGCUGUAACUAGUGCAUAAGGAACGAUAUUCUUGGUUUUCAACCACGUGAGAAGGCGGCCAUGUUGGAGGUCAAAACAAGAGAUGUUUUCGAAGAAUUUACAUGAAUUGAAGUUAACAUCCCAGAGGAGAGAGAUGCUUUUGUUCUUGACCACCAACAUGGCUGCCGUGACAUCAUGUGCAAACCAGCAAUACAGAGGUUAUGGGCUCCUGACCCUGGGUACCACCACUUUUUUUUGAUGUGCGUUGGAAUGUUUAGUUGUGGCCGCAGGAUGGCAGUUCUUAGGAUGAAGCCAUGAGUGGUGUAGUGGAUAGCUAUAAAGACUUGACCAAAACCGGAAACCGCGCAUGAAAAGUCUCUGGCCCCCAUGGUUGAAGUGACAAUGUAACUGAGAACCUUAUUUUGGGGCAUUUUGGCCUGCAAAUGCAGACGUCAAUUAUCAUGGGUUCUCUGUACCUGAAAAUGGUGGAGUAAAGUGAUGACCAGAAGUACGUCUGCUUUCGCAGGAAACUUACUUCUUGGUUGGAGAGACGCGAUGAGCGGAAAUACUUCUAAGUUGGCAGGCUAGAGGUAGACAGCAUUUCUCAACACCCUUAUUUAUUCCCUUAGGGUUUCAAAGGUGGGGAAUAAUCCAACUGAGCUCAUUGAAUAACUAAAUACAAAAACACAUAGGAAAGUGACCUUGGAGCACUUAUUUUUCACUGAGUUCUCCAAGGUCACCACUUUACUAUGAAUUUUUAUAUUUAGUUGUUCAAUCGGUUCACUUGGAUUAUACUUAUGUCCAAACCAAACUGUCACCUUUUAUUUAAUAAUGUUUCUACAUUGCUCAUUAUGAAAAGACUGGCUGGGCAGUUUUGUUCUUAUACAGCCAACUCCCUCUUAGGGAAUGGCACCAAGUGUAGCUAAGUAGCAUCUUUGAGAGGUGACUGUCUACUGAAGUUAUAAAGAGUGUCUUUUGACCCUUUUAGCCCAACAUACAAAUCCUCCAGACUGAUCUCCAUACAUUUCCUAAAAUCAUUAGUUGAGAGAAUUUUUUGGAGGGUCAAAGCAUUUUGCCUCCGAUGAUUAUAUUUUAUUAUUUUAUUCUCAUAACCCAAUCUCUUGAUUAUCUGUUGAUGUUGUUGGGAGGAAAAAAAUUGAUGUUGGUUGCUCUUGGGGCUUAAAGAGUUACGAGAGAGAGUUGGCUGUAUACCUUGUAUCUUGUAUCUUUUCAUUUCCUUUUGAUUUCAUAAAAGAAUUGAAGUCGUUUUCUUUAUAAUUCCAGACAGUCCAACAAUCAGGACAAAACUAUUUCCGUCUGGCGCUACAGUAACCCCUCUCAACCUCGGAAAAGACGACGCAGCCAUGGAGCUUAAUCCUUCGAAGAAACAUCCUGGAAGAUUUAACGAGAAGUUUCAGCAGAUGUUGUCACAGGGAAAGGGCGUCAGCGUUUUUGAAACCUUAAACCCAGAACGUCUUAAAUUAGAAGGCCUACAGCUACCACUGGCAGACGAGAACCUUUUACGUAGUAAAGAUUCAGAUGGCUUCACGGUGCUGCACCACGCUGCACGAUGUAAUCAAGCUGAUGUUGUUAAAUUUUUAGUAGAAAAAGGUGCAGGUAUUGAUUUGGUGGAAAAUAAUGGAUACACUCCCCUUCAUGUCGCCGUAAGGUAGGCUAUGUUAUUGUGUCUUGCAGUAGAGUAGAACCCCGAUAUAACUCGAACUCCCGGCCGCUAACAGUCCGCUAACUCGAACUAAAUCUCCUUUCCCUUGAUUAAAAUUUCACUGACAUUUACCCCUAUAACUCGAAUUCUGUUUCCUGUCAUUCCAUUCGGAUGCCAUCACAUUAGUUCCUCUGGCUGACGAUGUUACGAAAAAAUAAGGGACAACAGUUCGCGAGUUACCGGGGUUCUACUGUAAAACGUUGCGUUUCUCUAUUACUUUGUAUUCGUUUCAUCUUUCAUAAAAUUUCGAAUCAAUUAUCUUAUGUGAAUACGCUCCUGCGGUUUGUCCAUUCAAAUCAUAAAAAAAAGCCUGAGCUCAAAUCAGCUGGUACGUUGACUUCCCGCGGCGCUUUUUGGGUCUCGGUUGUUAAGAAAGCUAUUUUGCUUCUUUGAAACUAUUACACACGAAAGUUUCUCUCAGGGGCACCCAACGGCUGUUUUCUGUAAAAUAUCUGUUCGGAGAAGCAUAUAUUACCUAGUAUUUUCUUUUACUUGAGGACGGCUAAAAAUUUCUUGACGACCUUUCCAUUCAUGUGCAAUCGAUUUUCCGAAGUUUAAUUUUUCCACAUUUCAGAUUAGGUUCCGUCGAAAAAGGAAACCAAACAUUUUCGGAUUGGAAAAGGUGAUGGAGAGAGCAAUCAGAAAAAUCCUCACUUUCGUAAUACGUUAAAUUGCAUCUAAAAUAUUCGGGAAAGUAAUAUUAAAGCCCAUGUAAUUUCGAAAAUGCUCAAUUUGCCCUGUAUAAGGAUGACCGAAAAGAUACAAAUUUAUAGCGCCGGUUAGAAUGUAUUUCUAGAGAUCUUAAAGUACUUUGGACAGCCUUUAAAGUGUUUUCAAUGUAUUUUGAAGGAAACCGUCGUUGCGUGUCCCUGUUGUAUAGACUUUACUCGUGAACAGUCUGAGGAUUUUCGCUUUGCUGCUUUGUUUCUAUAAAAAAGGCUGACUUUCUAGAUAGUAUUCUCAUGGGCCAGGAUCAGGAAGGGGGUUCUGUGAGCCCGCAUUCCUGCUCCUUUUUCACUAGCUUUUGUAAUCUCUAUCCCGAAUACCGUCUUCUUUCCCGUGCAAGAGUUCGGCGAAUCCCUCUUUCCGAGUCGCAGUCAAUUUCCAUAGCCCGUCAAGAAUUUUUGCAUUUUCCCGAAUCCCGCUCAGAAUUUCGGCCAAAUCCCGGAUCCCGAUGAUACCCUUCUAGAUCUUGAUGGGCAGCAGGCCCAGAAUAUUCUGAAUCAUCCAUGAAACGACGAGGCCGUUAAUGUGAUAAAAUUCUGUUCAUCUUUCUCCAACCCAAAUUAGUACUGUACAAGCAAGACAUUGUGCACUGCAUUGCCUAAGCUCUGUUUACUAGGCAUAGAAGACGACCAGGAUGAACGAACAUUGGCUGUGGGAAAUACCCAUAGCCGCUUUAAUGUUUUAUCAUAACCAUUUAAUUCCAGUCUCACAAAAGGUUGUUAGUGAAUGUUCAGCCCAGUAAAGGUGCGGGCACCAAAACGCCGCCAAAUUUGUAGGAAAGAAAAAGGUUAGUAGACAUGGACAUGAUAAGGGAAGGAGGCAGGCAAAAUCUUUAAACGCCCUUAUACAGCAUGGAAGCAUGAAAGAAUGAACCACGCAACCACGUCACGUGACACCUAGUUAGAACCCAAAAGGGGGCAACAAUUCAAUGAAUUUAUCUCAUUACUCUGUACCACGUAGUUAAUAGAAAAUAACUUCAUUAGACUAUAAAAGUCAGGAAAAGAAUUAGUGUUCCUAUUGGUUAACAGAUAUUCCUUUUUUUAGACACAAAAAUACUGAAGCAGUUCGAGCCUUACUUGAAAAGGGGGCAGACACUAGUGUUCCAGACAACGAGAACGCAACGCCUCUUCUAUUUGCUGCUCGAAAAGGCUAUGAAGAAAUUGCAUGUCUUCUUCUAAAUGAUCCCAGGACAAAUGUGAAUAAUGCCAAUUCAGCGGGAAUAACGCCAUUUCUGGGAGCGUGCUCCAGUGGGGACCGAUCUCUUUGUGAAAUGCUGCUAGCUCGUGGCGCAAAUCUGACGGCAAAGUCUUUGAAUCUGACCACGGCACUUCAUUUUGCAGUACUGAGCGGAAACGUAGAAAUCUGUAAACUAAUAAUCACUGCAGGUGAGUAAUCGUUACGAGAAUUGUUACAUACAGUCGAACCUCUCCACAACGGCCGCUUUGGGGACAGAAGAAAGUCGCCGUUGUGGAGAGUUUGCCGUUGUGGGAAAGUAGGGGUGUAAUAUGACAAUUUUUUUAGGGAGUACAACAUGUUUAUUGUGCUAAGUCCAUGCUUACUGUCUCCCAUAAUGGUAAAAUCCAAUGUUAAAUAAUAUAUAGAGACAAAAAUACGCAAAAAACUUGAAUUAUGUUUUGAAUCAAAAUUUUAACGUGACAAAACGAGAAAGGUUCGCAACAUUCGCUGUAAGUAUCGUAGACAAUAAUGCUUACUGCAUGAAACAAAAUCAAAUACGAUUGCUGCGAUUUAUCAUCAACGCGCCAUACGGAUCAAAUUUUCACGACCAUUCCUGACUUUUUCAUCAGUCGCUGAAAAAACUGACAGUUAUCGAGAGGUUUUUUUGGCAGUUGGGGACACGUUAGUGGCCGUUGCCGUUGUAGAUAGGGUUAAAUAUGAAUCAAUGUAUGGACUGUCCGUCGGGACAAAAUAAAGUGGCCGUUGUAGAGAGGUGGCCGUUGUGGAGAGGUGGCCGUUAGUGGUGGUUUGACUGUACAGUCUAACCUCUCCAUGUGCGACCACUUCUGGUAAGCGACCACCUCCCUUAAGCGACCGCGACCACUUUUUGCCCAGACUUUUUUUUAUAGUUUUCCAUUGCUUUUAGCCUCUUUAAGCAACUCGUGCACCUAACUCAGCUUCGACUGUAGUAAGAUCAUGCUGCUUGUAAACGAAAAUCGGUCUCAGCUUACAUCGUUCGUAGAUGUCGUCAUCCUUGAACUCCUUGGCUCCCUGUUCAGCUCUACUAAAUCACUGCUCGAAACGGCUUGGUUACCUGUUUUCGUGACUCUCCAUUCUGCCUAACCUUUUCUUUUGGGAAGGGAUUCUCUAAAUGUUGUAGGACAUAUAGCACGGUGAUUGGCAAGCGAAACUGGAUUUACUUGGUGUGGUGAUAGUUCCUGAAAUUCACAUUCAAGUUUUGUGUAAUCAGUUUCAUUGUUUUAUGGCGUUACACGUGAAAUCUCAUGGCUUUGUAAUUGUUAUUGCCUGAUGGAUUAUGACAAGACUCAGAAUUUUUGCGUUGUGGAAACUGCGGAAAAUCUUUAUCUUACCUCAGGCCUUAGAAGAUCAAUGGCAUAAGAUGUGUAUGUGAAAUAUGCGUUUCUCGUGACCCAUACCUUACUUUAGGAAUUAAACUGUUUGACAAGCAAUACAUUUUAUAUCGAAACGCUCUAAUAGUACCUAAGGUACACGUUAUCAUAAACGUAAGGGUGCUUACCGUGAAACUAAUAAAAACCCCCGACAAAAAACAACAGCAACAACAAAAACAAAAAAAUGUAGCUAACCAUUUACCCAUCUCUCGGUUUCAGUUUCGUGCGACACAUUUUCCCUCCUCCAGUAAGGAAAAUGUCAGUUCUGUGGUGAGGUGAGAAAUGGCUCACUCUUGUGCCACCCACCAGGAACCCCAUCGAGAGUUUUCUGUCAAAUAGCAAUUACCUCUGUAAGUAACGAGGGUUAUAGCGUAAAAAUCAGUCACAAACCAUUGUCUCCGUUCCCCUUUCUUACCGGCUGUCUAAGAGUUAAUCAAGGAAAACAAACACGAAAUGAAGUUGCUUAAGUAGGCUACCUGGUGUCGUACCACGCGGUACAGUCUAGCUUUGUUUUUUGUUUGCUUGUUUACAGCGAAGAAGCAGAGCUCAUCGCUAAAGGAUAUUUUAGACGACAGGGAUAUAGAGGACACAUCUGCACUGCACAUGAGUAGUGUCAAGGGUUACAGUAAAAUAACCGAGCUAUUAUUACGCCAUGGAGCAGACUAUGAAGCCGUAAAAGGAGUAAACUCUAUCACAUCUUUGAACCUGUCGGCCAUGAGCGGUCACGAGGAAACAACAAAGCUGCUGAUUUCUCGUGGGGCGGGGACUGAAUGCAGAGAUGGGCAGUUACAGACACCACUGCACAUGUAAGCUUAAGCAUAUAAGGUCCCGACCUCGUAACCAGGGACUCUUACUUAUCUCUGCUGAGAAAGGUUGACAAGGCCCCCAAUCUCUUUAACUUUAAAAGGAGACAGAGGGAGGGGGGAUGUGGGGGCGAAGAGUUUUAUAUAAAAUUUUUUACAUAGGUGUGCCACUGAGCGUGAUUUAAACCCAGUUCCCCCCCCCCGCCCCUCAUCCGUUUGGGCCAAGUCAACUACUGCUUCACAACGCUGAAUGCUGUAGGCCCAAAUAGAAACUUCCUGGAAGACCAGUUACUUACGCUGAAAUAGGUCAUGUGAGGAAUUGCCCCCGCGCCCCCGCCCGUGUUGGGGUAAAUUACAAAAAUUUGCCUGUAUCAGAUAUGGUAGAGCGUUAUAUACAUUCCGUGCUGUAAAGGUUAGGGUUGAAAUCUUGAUCACCCCUAAAUUUUUACUCAGUGUUUUUUCAGCUCCUUAGGCAAGGCUUUCCUCUGUUUAAAAGGCAGUUUGAUAUACGAUUUAUUUCGUAAAACUGUGCUUAUGUCAUCUGCAAAAUCGAUAACGUUACAAACUUACAGUGUACUUGGUUUUCAAGAAGCCGAAUUAUCUCAAGGUUGUUUUCGUUUCCUUUUCAGCGAUGUAGGUUUGAUCUACGAUUAUUCUUAAUAUUUGUCUUUUCCAAGAAGGACAAAAACCUGCCUCAUUUCAUAGCAUUUUUCCUAGGUCAGCUAUUUACAAUCACCCCAAAAUAGCAGAGAUCCUGUUGGAAAAAGGAGCUGAAAUGGAGGUUAAAAACAUGAUGGACUUGACACCGUUUUUGCUGGCUGUAAUUCAUGGAGCAAAAGAAACCGCGGAGCUGCUCCUUGAUCGUGGAGCUAACCUGUUAGCUCUCGACUUUGCACAUAACAGCUGCCUUCAUUUAGCUGUGAUGCAUAAGCAAGUGGCGAUGGUUCAACUGUUGCUAGACAGAGGCAAAGAAAAAUUGAUGAAACUUGAGAGAUACGAUCACAAGACCGUGAUACACCUUGCUGCGUGUUACCAGGAGACUCAGGUACAUUUGAUCGUACUGCGCAUAAUCUUCCACUAAACCGAAAAUAAGUCAAAACAUGCCCUGGUGGUGAUUGGUUGAUUGAGUGUCAAAAAACAGUUAAAAUGACAGUCUAAAACCAGCUUCUGUAAUGUGUUAAACAAUAAAAAUGGAAGCGAUGGAAAUUGUUCGCAGUGCGCAUAUUUUUGACUUAAAAUUAUUAAAGGAAUUUUAUUUGGUGUUUCGGAUUUAUUGCAAAAUUUAUUCGUUUCGGGAAAUAUCAAUAGGUUAAGGGAAAUAACAUAAAAAAAAAAAAAACAAUUGACUUUUUUUACUUUGUGUUAACUCCUACGCAUCAGCACUGAUCAAACGACAUCCUCUCUCGAAAUGAGAAAAUGAUUUCUGUUGAUUCAUUGUCCUUGGUUUUGUGGAAGGAAAAUGUUGAUUGAAGAGUUACGUUAGCUACUUGAGGCAAUUGCUACAAUAUAUGUUUGUAGUAGAAUUGUUGUAAGCGUUCUUGUUGAUUGGUUUGAGUAAGCUACUUCACUACUAGUAGGUUUGGUUUUCUAAGUUAAUUGAUGAUCGAUAGCAACUUUCUCCUGACAUGAAUUCGGUACAAAGGAGAUGUACCAAUUUGGUGCAUCUCCGCGGUAACACUAUCUGUUCAUGAGAUAUGCUUAAUUAGAGCCUUUGACAGAUGACAAAGCCUUGUUUAUAUUAAGUAUUUUGUUCAGUUUGACAUUUUUGACCUUAAUCUGGUCUUCCUUCGAUAUUUACCAGGAAAUGACUACCCUCCUUUUUUUUAAGAGCAUGUUUCUUUGAGUUUUUAACCGAAUUCUUGGCAGUGGAUAACUUUCAUUAGGCUUAGUGAUUUUUUAGGUGUUUUUGUAGCUAAACAACUAUUGUUCUAAAUUCUGCAGCUUUGUACUUUGAACUGCAUUUUUAAUUUACCCUUUAAGUUGCGAUCACGUUCGUGGUUAAUUUAUGGAAAAGUUGUAGCCAAUCAUCUUCGAUGAAGAAGCUUAACGCCUUCUGUAAAUUGACAACAAUCCUAGAUUUCAAACUGUAAUUUUCGUACUUUCCUAUCUGUUAAUAUGAAAAGUCUGUUUACUGGUAUGUACCUUGUAGUUUUUAUAUUGUUCUCCUGGUUUUAUAUUGGCCAGUUGACUUAAGCUUAGCAGUUAAAACUUAGGUUGAAGAGUCAUUUUGACAAAGCAAUUAUCUCGAAAGUUUUCAUACUAAUGAAACUGUUUUAACCAAUCGGAUUAGACUUACGUCAGCAUUCGGUUUGCGCUAAGCAGCUGGUUUCCUGGCUGAUAUAAAAAUGCGUGUAACACUGAUCUAGCUGAGAAUUGUAAAAUACGAGUUGUGCUAACUUCGUGUCACCUGACUGAAGAAUUAAAAGGAGUCAAUUGAACAAGUACUCGUCUGUUUGUUGUGAGAACCAGCAUAUCACGUGGUCAAUUGUGGCCCUGAAAAAAUUUGAAGGAAAAAAAACUACGAAUUUUUAAGAAAAUGCUUUUUUCGUGAGAAAGACUCUUAAACGCUGACAAACGUCAACAAAUAGCGAAAACUAUAAUUUCUAUAUGUUUGCUUUGCUCGAAAUCGCGCGCAUUUACAAGGCCCUAAAGCGUUUUGCUGACUUGCAAGGACCCAUCUGUUAUAAGGAUGCUCAAAAUAAAGAGAUGAAUCUCAUAGUUUAUUAGAUAUAAUCCGUGUAAAGUUUGCUUAUCAUUUUCGCAUAAAUUAUGACCUAAAUUUGGAAACCGCUGAAUUUCUCGAAUUGGGUCUUUGCGAUUUUGGUGAAACUCUGUUCAGCGCAAGGCACUAAUGCGCGUUAUGUGUAGCCGAGAGAUUUUCACGAAAAAAUGCCUGCAACAGCAGAUUUUCGACUCAGACCUCAAAGGGGCGUGGCAUUAUAACCACGUGACAUUUACUCCGAUCGCCAAAUAUUUUAUGUUAUAUUGUAGAUUGAUCUAUAUGUUAUCCAUUCUAUGUGUUAGACUUACGAUAAAAGUAAAGGUGGGGAUACCAGAGAACUUCGAAGUAGGAUGGUACCCCCCCAAAAAAACUGGGUCGAGUCACCUUAAGCUUCUUCAUCGAAGAUGAUUGGCUACAACUUUUCCAUAAAUUAACCACGAACGUGAUUGCAACUUGAAGGGUAAAUUAAAAAUGCAGUGCAAAGUACAAAGCUGCAGAAUUUAGAACAAUAGUUGUUUAGCUACAAUAACACCUAUAAAAUCACUAAGCCUAAUGAAAGUUAUCCACUGCCAAGAAUUCGGUUAAAAACUCAAAGAAACAUGCUUAAAACUCUUAAAAACAAGGAGGGUAGUCAUUUCCUGGUAAAUAUCGAAGGAAGACCAGAUUAAGGUCAAAAAUGUCAAACUAGACAAAAUACUUAAUAUAAACAAGGCUUUGUCAUCUGUCAAAGGCUCUAAUUAAGCAUAUCUCAUGAACAGAUAGUGUUACCGCGGAGAUGCACCAAAUUGGUACAUCUCCUUUGUACCGAAUUCAUGUCAGGAGAAAUUGCUAUCGAUCAUCAAUUAACUUAGAAAACCAAACCUACUAGUAGUGAAGUAGUUUACUCAAACCAAUCAACAAGAACGCUUACAACAAUUCUUCUACAAACAUAUAUUGUAGCAAUUGCCUCAAGUAGCUAACGUAACUCUUCAAUCAACAUUUUUCUUCCACAAAACCAAGGACAAUGAAUCAUCCGAAAUCAUUUUCUCAUUUCGAGAGAGGAUGUCGUUUGAUCAGUGCUGAUGCGUAGGAGUUAACACCAAGUAAAAAAAGUCAAUUGUUUUUUUUUAAUGUUAUUUCCCUUAACCUAUUGAUAUUUCCCGAAACGAAUAAAUUUUGCAAUAAAUCCGAAACACCAAAUAAAAUUCCUUUAAUAAUUUUAAGUCAAAAACAUGCGCACUGCGAACAAUUUCCAUCGCUUCCAUUUUUAUUGUUUAACAAAUGCAAGAAGAAGAUUGGCCUAUCACGUUUUGUAAUGCAAAAUUAGUAGAGUAUUAAAGUAAAGGCAGGUGAAUUAAGGCUGGUCCCAGCGGAUUUUGAUGGGUUUUGUCCAAUACAAACGAACAGAGUCGGUUCCUUGAGGAAGAUGUAGUAGUAAAUGAUUUUUGUUAACUUUUUCAUCCCCUCGACAGAUUCUUGAUAUUCUUCUAAAGACAAGUUUUGUAACCGGAGAAAAGGAUAUAAACGAUAGGAUACCACUACAUCAUGCAGCAGAAAAUGGAUCACUGGAAUCCAUUAAGUCUCUUUUGAGAUGUCCUUCCCUACUAAAGCUUGUAAACGCCAGAGAUGAGGUUGCAAUGACUCCACUACACCUCGCAGCAUUGAAUAAACACAGGUGAGAAGUCUAUUGUGGGUGCUUUGAUAUGCAAAUGUGUCACCCAUUCACUGAGGUGUAGAUAGACCUUCUUCAUUUGGUCGGGUGCGAAGUCGAGACAGCCCAUCACUCGAUACCAAGAGAGAAUGAGCUACAAUCUCAGACAGAGCCUGUUGAGACGCAUUACAGAAAAACCUAUUUUUUGCACUCGUCCAGAAAAUGCUUACCCUCGCAAAUUGAAAGACCGUUUCCCAAUCAGAAGUGCAUAUCAAAUAUGACGUGAAAUUUGAUGCAUGGCAUGUAUCAUUCUUAGCGUUGCGAAGUGUUGAGUCUUAAUUUUGUUUGUUUUGUUUUGUUUUUUCUUUUCAGUGAGGCUUGUCGGCUCCUGAUAUCCAAAGGGGCUGAUAUUGCCGCUCAAAAUAAUCAUCAACGAACACCUCUUCACUUGGCAGUGCAAUCGGGCUCACUGGAAACUGUUCAAUGUCUGCUAGAUCCUAUGCUGUUUAAUACGUUAGAAGUAACGGACGCGGACCAAAACACCCCACUUCACUUAGCUUGCAUGCAAAAUUGCCUCAAUAUACUCAAUUUCUUGUUAGACAAAGGUGCUGAUGUUACGGCGCUUAACAAAGAUAAUAUGACGUGUUUGGAUAUGGCAAUCGAGUGGGACUCUGUGGAAGUUGCAAGGACGCUUGUUAAACACAAGAGGUAAAUGUGAAUGUGAGGAUGCGUAACGUGUGACCUGGGUUCGAAUCCCGCUCGGAAUAGUAACUGGAAUUGUUUUUCGGUCUUUCCGAUUUCAAAUCCUCGGUUAUUCUCGUAAAUAGCCAUAAGAACGCGCGAGUUUUUUUGCCGUUUUCAGGCAAGCACGAAGUUCCUCCCCCUCUGUUUGAAAAACCACGCGAAAAACAUGGCGCUUGUUCUGCAGGCUAAUUAACAAUUAUUCCUCGAGCCCGAACGGGUUCUGAGUUCGGCCGAAUGGGCUGUUGACUCAGAGGCCAUGAGGGCGAGAGGAAUAAUUGUUUUAGUAAAAUCCAACUAGUUUGUCAAAAAUAUCGAGACAAAACAACUUUAGCUAGUUAAAGCUAGACUUAAAUUAUUUUUCCCGCCAAAUUGCCUGUUCUUUUCGCUACUAGUGGGCUAUAACAUAUAGCCUAGUAGUAGCUCAACCAAUCAAAAUGCAGCAUUGAUAAUACACCACUGGUUGGAUUUUACUAAUAGCAAAAAUCCUCCUGUAAGAUGAGCUCUUCGAUUAAUUUUAUUGUGUUCUGCAAAACCUGAUUUUUAAUGGUUUUGGACUGACCAAAAUCCAUGCAUGAAGCCUGCUUAAUAUAAACCUUAUCAUUAUCAUUACUAUUGUCAUUGUCAUUAUCAUAAUCGUUGUCGUUAUCGUUAUUGUUAUCAAUAUAAUCCCUUUUGGACGGGUUAUCGUUACCGUUAUCAUUAUCACAUCCCAACACCUUCUAUCUGUAACAGCUAAAAUAUUAUCAUUUUUUUACUGUAGGUGGAGAGAAGUGCUUUUUGGUCACACAUCUAAAAUUCCUCCAAUGGAAAAGCUGAUAAUGAAGCUUCCAGAAGUCGCAGAAGUAGUCUUGGAUCAGUGCAUCAGCUACUCCACCCUUCCCACAGAGCACACUGACUUUACGGUCACCUUCACUUUCGCCCCGCUCGACCCACCCACUUCUUUAUCAUCAAGUAGCCACCACUUUUUCGCUCCUGCUACCAUGGCGAACUACCGGAGAGAAAGCCUUUUGAAUCACAGUGUCACACAGGUGCUUCUUCGAUGGAAAUGGGCUGUUCUGGGAAAGUUUCUCUACUACUUUAAUUUCACCAUCUUCUUUAUAUUUCUCGUCCUGUUUUCUUUCUUCAUUGUUGACCAGAGGAGCAAAGUGAGGGAUUUGUCCGGGAGUGACAUAAAUGCUACAACAAAUGUGAUCAGUGGCGACUCCAAAGGAAUCCCGGCUGUGAUUUUUACUUUUUUAAUAGUCAGAAUUCUGAUUGAGAUAAUUCAGAUGUUUUUGCAACAACUAGAGUACUUUACAGAUUACACGAACGUUCUGGACUCGUGUCUUUACAUAACCACAAUGAUUUUCAUAUUGCCUUACGUGACAACAGAAGAUCUUUUUGGGGACGUUCGAGUACACUGGACCGCUGGAGUACUUGCUCUUCUCUUAUGUUAUGUGAAUUUUUGUCUGAGUCUUCGUCGCUUGAGUUCAGUGGCAAUCUACGUGACCAUGUAUGUUGAAGUGUUGGUAACAUUUCUUAAGGUAAUCGCCAUCUUCGUUGCAGUCCUUAUUGGCUUUGCAUUGGUUUUUCACGUUCUACUAAAAGAGGAGGUGAGCGAGGUUUGAAUGUGUCUUUUCCCCCUUUCUUUCUGCAAACUGAUCAAACCGAAAUUUUCCCUUACCCUGGGAUACAACUGGACUGUUCUGUUUUUUAAUCUUAGUAUCAGCCUAUGAAGCGCCCCAAGAGUUAAGCUCUACAAACUAGAAGUUGCAUACAACACAAACGUUAACACUAUUGGUUAAUGAUUCUAUCAAUGCUUCCAAAGAUCCCAAAAUGUAAACUGAGGCGCCUGGUUGUAUCAAAUAUCUUUGCUACGAUGUCAAAGCACAACCCUUUAACUGACUUAUUGCAAAUUCUCGGGUAUGAAAGUUGUUUAAUUUUUUUUCUUGAAAAGAUGACACUGACUGUUUAAGGAUUGAUUGCCACAGAGAAGCAAAUAAAAAUGGAGGUUCAGUGUUGAGCUUGUAUUCAUUUUCCGCACCGAUUUUGGUUCAGAUUGGGUGUAUCUGAAAUUUUUUGCACUACUUUCUGCUAGUUGGAUUUUUUUGAUUUAGAUAAUAAUUUUAUUGCCCCAAGACAUGUCUAGUCGUGUAGCUUCAUGGAACGCAUUUCAUGACUUAGUGACUGUUAUCUUGCGGAUGCUUGACCGGCACAGUAACAGUCCAAUAAACUGAUUGUUAUAUGAUUUUUUUAAUCUGUAAAGUCCGCUUACUCGGGCCUCGUGCUUUUAUGUGGUAGUGUUGGUAUAACAGAGUGAACAUAAUCAUUGCUAUUUUUUGGUUGCACUUUAAUUAAAUGUGUCAGGUAACGUGUAUGGCUAACAACAGUUUUAGUAUAGGUAAUAGCAUGAUUUGUAGUGAUAUUUCUAAAUUUUUAUACGUAAUUUCACGAGCCGUAAGGCGAGUGAAAUUUGAGACAACUUUGAAAUAUCACUAGUGGUAUUUAUGCCAAAUAUCACGUACAAAUCAUGCUAUUAUUCGUUUAUACUACUACAUGCAAAAGGUUUGUAAUUUUCACAUGUAGGUAUUUCAAAUUAAGCUGAAAUAACACUGCUCUAAGCCAAUCAAAUUGCAGAAAUUUCUCAUGUAGUAGUAUAAACUGAUUAAUAGCAUUGGUAAUUUGAAAUUUUCUUGUUUUCUUUUUUACAGGAAAACUUCACAACAUUCUGGUUUUCCUUCGUUAAAAUUAUCGUUAUGAUGCUUGGAGAAAUGGACUACUCCGAUGUAUUGACUAGUAACGUGGUGGGCGAUGUCAAGGUCCCGGGAACUAAUUUCCUGUAUGUACCUCUUCCUGAGCUGUCUUAUGUCAUGUUUGUGCUGUUUGUGCUGGCAGUGUCCAUUGUCCUUAUGAAUCUACUGGUAAGUGACGUUUGUGUCAAUGGAACGAGAUACACUGAUGGAAUUGUUUUUUUUUUUUCAUUAAGGGGGUUAUUCGACUAUCCCGGGAAAAAGUCCUUGGGACAGUGACGCAGUAUUCAUUAUUUUCUGUAAUUUCUGGUUGCCUUUAUAAUACAGUACAUCCUUUUCGAAACUUCCUGGCAGGUCUCCCUCCCCCCACCCUAUACAAUUUUGAAACUCGUAAAAAACAAUUCUGGAUACACGCGUCCAACGUUGUUAAUGGGGUGGGGCAAGGGGUUGGGCAUCUGUCAAUUGAAAAAAAGCCCCACAAAUGUAAAGACUUCUGUCUAUAAUUGUAGCUUUUAAUUACUUACUUUUCAUGAAGAUUAUUUGCUCUUGUCACAGUAUCACCCUUCUAGCCACCUUAUCCUAUUAGCACGUGUUCCCUCCAAUGCUUCCUACACCACACGACCUUCCAACCCUUUCUGUUCCAUUUUAUUCAAUUUGAUCUCGUUUGUCAUCUCAUCCUAUCCAAUAGAGACCUUCAGAUUCUAGGACGAGAACGACUACGAGCACGGGAUUUGACUUAAAGUUUUUUCGAGUAUUCUCCAAUUAUUAUAGACACCCCGGAAAGCUUCAUUGCACUUAUUUUUCACCAAAAAAAUUAGCACUGUUAUCUUUACUGAAGGAGCGUAAGCCAUCUCCCGGCCACAAAAUGAUAAAAUCUCCAACACUUUAAAACUUGUUUCCGUUACCACUACAUAUUCGCUAAAACUCGCAGUGGAAUGACGACAGCAAUCAUAUUUUCCUUUCAAAAUGACGCUGGUUCACGCACAAGCACUAUUUAGUAUUGAGAAAAUCUCGUACUCGGCUCAGAAUCUACAGCUCUCUAAUGACACCACAUCUUUUAAAGCGUUUUCACAUGUCGUCACGUCCGCCAUAUUAGUGUUCAAAAACAGUGAAACGGCAGUCAUGUUGGUGUUCUUGUGGGAGUUAAACCUUUCUCUCAUGUAACAACUUUCGUUUGUUUUGAUUAAUUUGCAAAGCUACUGACCACGUGAGUGAAAACGUCCUAUAUCGCCUCCGCAGUUGUCCCUGCCAUUUUUACAACACUUUGACCCUGUUUACGUGGAGUGGGGGACCCCGGUCUAGUGGGGUAGGUUUCUUUUGUUUUGUGUCCGGGAGAGCGUGGAAGCAAAAGAAACCACCCCGCUAGACCGGGUCCCCCACUCCAUGUAAACAGGGUCUUAGCAAAUUUUGACCUGUUAUUGAGAGUGUUUCUAUGAAAAAGAAAGAAAAUCGCGACCUAGGGUCAAACCAGGCCUCGAACCCGGACCCUUCGUAUCCUAAUCUCUCUCCCUUAUCACUACACUGCCCCACCGACCCGCCAAAUUUCCGAAAAAUUUAAAAGUAAAUACACUAGCAAACUGUCCUUCCUAAGUGUUACAUCAACAACAGGUGACCCUAGCCCUUUCGUAAAUUAUAACGAAAAUUCAACUUGGGCUCCAACGUCGUUCUUUCUGACACUAUUCGAAAACGUAUUUUUUGCCUUUUUGUAACUAAGAAAAAAUCGAAAGAAAAUCGCGACGUAGGGUCAAACCAGGCCUCUAACCUGGACUCCUCGUAUCCUAAUCUCUCUCCCUUACCACUACACUACCAUACCGACCCGCCAAAAUUCCAAAAAAUUUAAGUACAUACACUAGCAAACUGUCCUUCUUAAGUGUUACACCAAUAACAGGUGACCCCGUCCCUUUCGAAAAUUUUAACGAAAAUUCAACUUGGGCUCUAACGUCGUUCUUUCUGACACUAUUCGAAAACGCAUUUUUUGCCUUUUUGUAACCAAAUUCAGGGAAUAUAUUGCAUCUCUUAUGACUAAAGUCUUAAAGCUAAAAAUGGCAGAGACCGUUUACGAAAGGGAAAUAGGCAUCGCCUCCUAUCCCACAGUAUCCUACAUAUUCCACUCUUCAGAAGUGGUUGUUAUUUAAUGAAGGUAAAGGUCGCUAUUAUUUGUAACUGAAACUUCUAGUUUCUAAUAGAAUUAAAUUUUCUAAUAAAGAAUUAUACUUGCAGAUUGUGUAAUUGGUAAGAAGAAUUUUUCAGGAACAAUAGAAACCAAGCCAACAUGCAAUGAGAAACUUAUUUCUUGUUUUGCCUAGGUUGGUCUGGCGGUUGGAGAUAUUGACUCGAUUCAAAAGACAGCGACUCUACGAAACUUGAUGGACCAAGCUUCGUUAGUAGAUAGCAUACAGAGAAGAUAUCCCAAAUGGGUCCUGAGACGUGCUUAUAAAACUUCCCUGGAAAUAAAACCAAACCAGAAUCAGUUGUUACACAGGUAA